GAAAAAACAAAACCCUAAAUCAGACCUCUCUCUCUAUAUCGUAUUCUCUCUCACAUCUCACCCCUCGAAGCCGCCUGCCCACUGCCCACUGCCCAGAGAGUGGACGACGACGGAGACGACAGCAUCUUCUCCCGUACUCGCUGACGACGACGCCCAUCUCCUCCCUAAGUCGCCGACGGCAUCUUCACCAACCACGGAACCCACACAGCUCCUUCCUCUCCAACGGCAGCAACUCAGAUAUUAAAUUGUAUGUUGGAAUGAACUUGCUAACAUUUCAAAUCAUACAUUAAAUUGGAAUGAAUUAAAAAACCCCGAACUUGAGUGAGGCUCAUUUCUUGUGAUUUUGAACAAUAUACUGCAAAUUUAGAUCACCAAUGGCCGCCUCAACCGCUGCCAGAUCCAUUUUCCGGUCGAUAUCUUCCCGUGGGGGAAGCGCCGCAUCGUUUAUCGCUUCCGAAGCCAAAGCGGCUCGCCCUUCCCCAUUUCGUAUUGGAGCCAAGACACCUCUUUCUCAACGCUCUCUCAGGUGUCCCGUUGAGUUGAGCUUCUGCUUAGAGUCGAUGUUGCCUUACCACACUGCCACUGCUUCAGCUUUGAUGACUUCAAUGCUUUCCGUCACUCCUCGCAGUUGUGGUUGGCUUCCAGAAGGCCAAGACAAGACUAGAUGAAGGUCAAGAAGCGAAGAUGGAGUGGCACGGUUUCUUAACAUUCUCAAGCUUUUAAAUUAUAGGGUGAUAUCCUAUUAAUGGAUCGGGCAACAUAGGUUUAUUUUUGAGAGUAAUCAUUCAAACAUCAUUCGAAACAGUAGAUUUUUUUUUCUUAUAUAUAAAAAAUGUCAUGUUCUGAGAGAAUUCAUUAAUUUAGAGAUACAUACUGAUAUUGGCUUUGAAUUUAUAACUUGUUUGAUUUGAUAAGCUAUUGCAUGUGGGUUUAGCUGUAGGUUUUUCAACCUUUGCUCGUAAUUAAGUCAUUGGCAUUCCUAAUUCUUCAUUAUGUAAUUUUCUUAAACUAAGAAUGUUAGGAUCAACCUGUUCGAUGAGGUUGUCACUGAUCUAUUUUAUUUAAUCAGCUUGCAAUGAUGAUGUGUGAUGAAUGUUCCGGGGUUCAAGAAAAGUUUUUUUGUGCUAAAUUCCUUCAGUCUCGACUCUCGAGCUGUGACUGGUGAUAUAGCUUUAGGAGUAUGAGGCUGCAGAAAAGAUCCUAAGACCAACCACCCCUCUUUUUAUAUGUACUGCAGAAUACCACAAUUUAGUUAUUGUCAUAAUUUAAUUUGUUUACAAUUGCCAAUUGUUACUUGAAAAGUUCUUGAAAUUCAGUACUGGUUUGAAAUGCUUAUUCUGGUCUAAUAAUAUACUUAAACUUGACCACUCACUCUCUUCUGGUUCAUUUUAUGGUUUUAUAUUUAUACUUUUUGUCUACUAUUCGCAGAUUCCUGAUGAAUGCAGAUUCGUUCCUUCAAUGUGUUGGCCACUUCAGUGUUAUAAAUUGUGCCUUUUUUUUUUUAUCUUAUUUUCAAAUCAGCUCUAUUUGGUUUGACUCACAUUUUAAAUCGGAGAAGAGAAGACCCUGUUAUUUAAACUAAUUAGAAAGCUUAUUGGAAAGAUACGAGACUGCUCCAACC